AUAGAUUGUAUGACAUUGAUAAUGAUAAGGGCAGAGUUCCGAAAGUGACUUUUCAAAUUUUUAUCCUAAGACUGUACUAGUAGUACACACUGCAGCUUUGAGAAAUUGCUUUCAAUUGUUAUUGUUCAUGAAGAUUACGUAUAUGUUGAGUCAGGAGUAGUGAAUUGAGUUUUUAAUUACAUUUGUAUAUGUUUGCACCGCCGGCGUUAUUGUAGACAGCGGGUGAUGUCAAUACGAAUCAAUUGUAAAUAACAUUUCUUUAAUUGAAAAACAGUAUGUACCUGUAUAUAAGUUUAUACCAUAAUAAAGAUCACCAACAUCUAUGGCGCAGUUAAUUAUUCUUAAUAAGAGUUCUGGGUUGCGACUAUGUAACUCAAUAAUAGUGUUCCACGUAUUCACCUACUGGUCAUCUUCCACUGCAGUGGCGUCUUUUCAGGUCUAUAGGUCAACAAUUCGCGAGAUCGAAAUUAUUUGUGGAAAUGUCUAAAAUUAUACCUUUAACUUAUUUUAUCUUAACUUUUCUUGCUUCAACAAUGACGUCCAAAGGUGAAUCCUCAAGCUUGCGUGUAAAUAAUCGUUCCACACGAUAUCAAGAAAAUCUACAUUUGAUGAAAGCACAUGAAGUUGACGACGGAACCAAAGCAGUGCUCAUCUCCAUGGCAGGGAUUGCAGCAUUGUCAUCAAUUGUCAGCAACAGCAUCAUCGUCCACAGUGUUCGAGUCAACCAACACAUGCACACAACAACCAACUACUUCAUCGUCAACAUGGCGUGUGCUGAUAUCUUUCUUGUUCUGUUCAACUGUCCUUAUAACAUAUAUUAUAACAUCAAAUGGUUUGYUUGGWUCCCAGGGCGCGUCGGGCAGAUCACUUGCAUUCUUUCUACUUUCACCCAGUUCACAUUAGGAGCGGCUUGUUCAACAUUUAGUCUUGUGGUGAUAUCGUUUGAUAGAUUGAUGGCAGUGUAUCGUCCUCUCAAGUACAAAAGUUACCGUCCAUCGACYAAAUACAUUAUAAUACUAACAUGGUUAGUCUCACUUGGAUUAGCAUCAACAUUGGUUCUUAAUACGCAUUCGAUCUUGGUCACUUUGUCAAACCAUGAGGCACUAUGCAUMCCAAAGAACUCGUCUACAUCUAUUAUUAUUAUAAUGAUUUGCAGCAUUCUGGUACCACUUACUGUCGUCAUCAUACUCUGCUUUGCGAUUGGCUACAAGGUUUGGAAGAGAAAAGUCCCCGGAGAAGGUGGACAACAGGCUGCUGACAGGACAUGUAGGAAAGUAACCUACAUGAUAAUAUCAGUUGUUCUGGCAUUUAUUGUUGCGUGGGCUCCAGUUUUUACCAAUGGUAUUCUCUUUUAUUAUAUCAAAUCUCAUAGCGUGUUAGUUGUUGGAAUUCUGUGGCCUCUUACAUGCUCAUUUAUGUAUCUUAACGGCUCAUUUAACUUUGCUAUCUACUAUAUCUUUAGCGAAAACUAUCGUAGUGCAUUCAGGGGUUUGUUUAACAGCUUAAAGUCGAUGUUUCCGCGACGGGCAGCUAUCAUUAGCACGACUGGUCAAGGGGUGACACCCGAAGGGGGUGUAAUAAAUCUGGGUUGUUUGAGAAAAGAAAAUCUUGACUAAUCAGAUUCUUUUCAAGGAACAACAGCUUCCAAGAUUUAGAUUGUAUGCCUUGAUAAUGAUAAGGGCAGAGUUCCGAAAAUGACUUUUCAAAUUUUUAUCCUAAGACUGUACUAGUAGUACACACUGCAGCUUUGAGAAAUUGCUUUCAAUUGUUAUUGUUCAUGAAGAUUACGUAUAUGUUGAGUCAGGAGUAGUGAAUUGAGUUUUUAAUUACAUUUAGUUAACCGAGUAUGUUUGCACCGGCGUCAUUGUAGAAAGCGGGUGAUGUCCAUACGAAUCAAUUGUAAAUACCAUUUCUUUAAUUGAAAAACAGUAUGUACCUCUAUAUAAGUGUAUACCAUAAUAAAGAUCACCAACAUCUAUGGCGCAGUUAAUUAUUUGUAAUAAGUGUUCUGGUUUACAACUAUGUGACACAGAAAAUAAUGUUCCACGUAUUCACCUACUGGUCAUUUUCCACUGCACGGUGUCUUUUCAGUUCUAUAGCUAAACACUUCGCAAGAUCGAGAUUUUUUAUAGAAAUGUC